CAUGUUGUCUGAUUUUCUCCACCUCCACAAACAGCAUGUCUGCUCCCUGGGUCAUAACUGUAAAGAUCUUAAGAUAGCCGUCCAGCUCCUUGGCUCUUCAACACCCCUCGCAAGACAAAAUGUGCUCUGCUGUUAUGCCCUUGCCCUUCUUCACCCAGCAGCCAUGUUGUGAAAUUGCUUCUUCCCAGAUCAGCAGAUUCCUGGGCGCCUGAAGCUGCUGACCUUGCUUAAAAAAGAAAAGGAAGAAUCCACAGAGAGCCAGAUCCUUGAACAGUGCCACCUCUCUUUCCAUGCCAUCCUGCUUCUCUGCUGACAGCAAAGUUGGUAUUUGGGUUUGUGCCACCGUAGUGAACCCUGAGACCGGAAGUUGAAACCAUGUGAGGGGUUUCUCCCCGCUUCUGUGCUUCCCCUAAACCCACUGUGGGCACGUUGCUGCUAAGCCUGAGGUGCCGGCCACCAUGAUGUUCCGGGACCAGGUGGGCAUCCUCGCUGGUUGGUUCAAAGGCUGGAAUGAAUGCGAGCAGACCGUGGCUCUGCUGUCCCUGCUCAAGCGUAUCUCUCGCACCCAAGCCCGCUUUCUGCAGCUGUGCCUGGAGCACUCCCUGGCAGAUUGCACAGAGAUCCACGUUCUGGAGUCGGAGGCCAACAGCGCAGCCGUCCUCAGUCAGUGGCAUCAAGAGCCCAAGGAUAAAGUGGUCUCGCUGCUCUUGUCCCACCUGCCUCUCCUCCAGCCCGGCAACACGGACGCCAAGUCUGCGUACAUGAAGCUCUUGCAGAAGGUGCUGGCCUACUCCAUCGAGAACAACCUCUUCAUCGAGGAGAGCAGGCAGCUCCUCUCCUAUGCCCUCAUCCACCCGGCCACCACUCUGGACGACCGCAACUCUUUGGCCCUGUGGCUCAGCCACCUCGAGGAGCAUCUCUCCAGCAACUACUCCAGCCAAGGACGGAGCCGGCCCGACGCGGCCUACCACUCGCGCCAGGGCUCCGAUGAGUGGCAGGGGCCGGCGGACACAGGCCUCGGAGGCCUGGGGCACGGCUGGCAGGAGAAGCCGCCUCGGGAAAACGGCCACAUGUCAUUCCACUCUUCUGGUUCGGUGCCGUCGGCCAUCAACAGCACAGGGAGCAGCGCAAGCGCAGCUCUAGCCUGCCAAAUCCACCCCAGCCCGCUGAAGCGCUCGAUGUCCCACACCCCAACCAGCCAGCAGGUCCCGAGCAAAUGGAUGAGUGUGGAUGAGAUGGCUGCUCGGACAGCCUUCAUCUCUGGCGGAGAGCACGCCCCCCUUUCGCCCCAGAGUAGCGUGGCCUCGUCCGGCAGUGAGCAGAUGGAAGAGCAGCCGGGCAGUCGGAACACUUUCCAGGAGGAUGGCAGCGGCAUGAAAGAUGUUCCGUCGUGGCUGAAGAGUCUUCGGCUGCACAAAUACGCAGCUCUGUUCUCCCAAAUGACUUACGAAGAGAUGAUGACACUCACAGAACAGCAUCUGGAAUCGCAGAACGUGACCAAAGGCGCCAGGCACAAAAUUGCCUUAAGUAUCCAGAAGCUGCGAGAGAGGCAGAGUGUCCUGAAAUCCCUGGAGAAGGACAUUCUGGAAGGCGGGAACUUGUGGAAUGCCCUCCAGGAACUGCAGCAGAUCAUCCUCACCCCCAUCAAAGCCUUCCAUGCCCUGCAGGCCACAGCAGCCUCCGCCUCGAAGGAGAGCCAGCAGCUGGCCUCUGAGCAGCCACAGCCGCACGGAGCUCCCCCUCUGAGCUUGGAGAAAAGCAGCAGCAGCAGUUCCGAGGACAAAGAGCCCACCCCAGACUCUUUCCCACCCCCGACAGGCUCCCCUUGUGACGGGGAGUCUGGAGCAGCGCCCGUUGCCGAAGGAGACAUCGCAGGGCAGUUCACCCGGGUGAUGGGCAAAGUGUGCACGCAGUUGCUGGUGUCUCGCCCAGAUGAGGAGAACAUCACCAGCUACCUGCAACUGAUCGAGAAGUGCCUGAUGCACGAGGCCUUCACAGAGACCCAAAAGAAAAGGCUUUUGUCUUGGAAGCAGCAGGUGCUGAAGUUGCUGCGGACAUUUCCUAGGAAAGCGGUGCUGGACAUGCAAGGCUACCGCCCACAGAAAGGAUGGGCCUUUGGUUCCAACUCUCUCCCCAUAGCUGGAUCUGUGGGGGUGGGGGUGGCUCGCAGAGGACAGCGACAGUUCCAGAUGCCCCCCCGCGCCAUUCCCCCAAGCCGCCUGGGGAUCCUGAGCCCUGCAGGAAUUGGUGGCGUUUCCCCUCGGCACGCACUUGCCAGCCCAAACCUGGGCAGCCAAGGACGGCAGAAUCUGUGGUUUGCCAAUCCUGGAGGCAGCAACAGCAUGCCUGGCCAGAGCCGCAGCUCGGUCCAGCGGACUCACUCGCUGCCCGUCCACACGUCUCCUCAGGCCAUCCUCAUGUUCCCCCAGGAUUGCCAGCUGCCUGGGACAGACCUUGAGAUCAACCCCACGCUGGAGUCCCUGUGCCUCAGCAUGACAGAGCAUGCGCUGGGUGAUGGCACCGACAAGACAUCCACCAUUUGAAAGAAGCUGGAUCUGCUGGCGUUCCUGAGAAGCUUUAGGGUGGCUGUUUAUUUUUCCCCCUUUUUUUGUUUGUUUGUUUGUUUGUUUCCUGGGGGAGGGGUGUUGCUGUGGGGGUGGGUGAAUCACUUUUUCCCCCUGACACCUCAUCUAGCAUUCCCUAGCAGCUGGAGGGACAGGGGAGAAAGAGCUGUCAUUACAAUCUUACCAUCUUA